UGUCCUCCUCCGUCCGAGCAAGCGAAAUCUGAAAAGCCCUAGCCAGCGCCCCCUCCACCCCGAUCUGCCGCCGCCGCCAUGGCCGCCGCAGCCGUCGCCGCCGCGCCGUCGGCCCGCAAGGGCGAGACCUACACCGACACCAAGCGCCGCGACGACGUCCGCGGCGCCAACAUCGCGGCCGCGCGCGCGGUCGCCGACGCCGUGCGCACCUCCCUCGGGCCCCGCGGCAUGGACAAGAUGAUCUCCUCCGGGGACCAGGAGGUCAUCAUCACCAACGACGGCGCCACCAUCCUCUCGCGCAUGUCCCUCCUCCAGCCCGCCGCCCGCAUGCUCGCCGAGCUCUCCCGCUCCCAGGACGCGGCGGCCGGCGACGGCACCACCACCGUCGUCGUCCUCGCAGGGGCCCUGCUCCGCCGCGCGCAGUCGCUCCUAGCGGCUGGCGCCCACCCCACCGCUGCCGCCGACUCCCUCCACCGCCUCGCUGCCCGCGCCGUCCAGGUCCUCGAGGGCAUGGCCAUCCCCAUCGAGCUCACCGACCGGGACUCCCUCGUCAAAUCUGCCUCCACCGCGCUCAACUCCAAGGUCGUCUCCCAGUACUCCAGCCUCCUCGCCCCGCUCGCUGUCGACGCCGCCCUCUCCGUGGUCGAUCCCGCCCACCCGGAGCUUCUUGAUCUCCGCGACAUCCGCAUCAUAAAGAAGCUCGGCGGCACCGUGGAUGACACCGAGCUCGUCCGCGGCCUCAUCUUUGACAAGAAGGCUAGCCAUGCUGCCGGAGGGCCAUCUAGGAUCGAGAAUGCCAAGAUCGCUGUCAUCCAGUUUCAGAUCUCGCCGCCCAAGACUGAUAUUGAGCAGAGCGUCAUCGUGUCAGACUAUGCGCAGAUGGACCGCAUCCUCCGCGAGGAGCGCAAUUACAUCCUAGGGAUGGUUAAGAAGAUCAAGGCGUCUGGAUGCAACGUCCUCCUCAUCCAGAAGAGCAUCUUGCGUGAUGCGGUGACUGAGUUGUCGCUGCAUUAUCUCGCAAAGGCUAAGAUUCUGGUGGUCAAGGAUGUGGAGAGGGACGAGAUUGAGUUCAUCACCAAGACUCUCAACUGCCUGCCAAUUGCCAACAUUGAGCAUUUCCGUGAGGAUAAACUUGGGUAUGCUGAUGUUGUCGAGGAAGUGUCUGCUGGAGAUGGCAAGAUUGUCAAGAUCACUGGCAUCAGGGACAUGGGGAGGACUGCAACUGUGCUUGUCCGUGGGUCCAACCAGUUGGUUAUUGAUGAAGCUGAUCGCAGUCUCCAUGAUGCCCUUUGUGUCAUCAGGUGCUUGGUGAACAAGAGGUUUCUAAUUGCUGGUGGCGGUGCUCCUGAAAUAGAAAUGUCAAUGCAACUGGCUGCUUGGUCAAAGGAGCUCCAUGGGAUGGAGAGUUACUGCAUCAAGGAGUUUGCUGAUGCACUUGAGGUCAUCCCUUACACAUUGGCAGAGAAUGCAGGGCUCAACCCAAUUGCCAUUGUUACCGAGCUAAGGAACCGCCAUGCCAAGGGUGAGAAGAACACAGGCAUCAACGUGAGGAAAGGCCAGAUCACAAACAUCCUGGAGGAGAAUGUCGUGCAACCGUUGCUUGUGAGCACGAGCGCCAUCUCGCUGGCGUGCGAGUGCGUUAGAAUGAUCUUGAAGAUUGAUGAUAUAGUCACUGUAAGGUAAAUCCUGUAGGGCGGAUGAUCCUUUUUAGGGCUGUAUUGUUAUGCGUGAUGGGACGACCACUUUGGCCUGUCUGGUUCUAUCUGGCCUGUUGUUACGUAGGUGCACUAUAAGUUACAAUUUUAUUUGUGAACGUGGUUCUUUGA